UAUAUGAGUGUGCUUUUCACCGGAGGAAUCUGAGUACAACUCCAUGGUUUUUUAGGUAUUAGGUACUCCAGAGCACCGGCAGUGCGGGAAAGCAAAUUGAACAAAGAAAGCAUAUAUCUUUGGAAAAUAAAACCCAAUUGAAAAUGUCCGGAAAAAAGGAAGAAGGUGGAUGGAAAAAGGCUGUAUGGAAUUCGGAAAAGGGGGAACUGCUUGGACGUACCGGGGGAAGUUGGUUUAAAAUUCUAUUCUUCUAUGUGAUAUUCUACGGUUGCUUGGCUGGAAUAUUCAUUGGCACCAUCCAAGCCCUGCUUUUGACCCUAAGCGACUACAAACCUACUUGGCAAGACAGAGUGUCUCCCCCAGGCCUUAGCCACACCCCUCGCUCUGACAAACAAGAAGUUGCCUUCAACCUGAAUGACGUGGAGACCUACCUGCCUUACACCAAGGCCUUGAAGGAUUUCCUGGCAAUGUAUGAGGAUGAUGCCCAGCGGGACCAGAUGAAGUAUGAGGACUGUGGAGAGACACCCGAUACUUUUAAGAACCGGGGCGAUCUGGAGAGUGACGUCGGGAUCAGGAAGGCUUGCCGUUUCUCCAGGCAGCUGCUAGGAGACUGCUCUGGAUACCAGGACAAAGACUUUGGCUUCAGCAUUGGCAAACCCUGCAUCAUUGUCAAACUGAACCGAAUUGUCAACUUCAGGCCAAGGCCCCCUAACACAAAUGAGAGCAUUCCUGAAGAGGCCAAGUAUAAAGUUCAGCCCAACGUCAUCCCAAUCUACUGCACCAACAAGAGAGAGGAGGAUGCUGGCAAGAUUGGCGACAUCAUGUAUUAUGGUAUUGGUAAUGGCUUCCCCCUGCAGUAUUAUCCUUACUAUGGCAAACUGCUGCACCCUCAGUAUCUCCAGCCUCUGGUGGCUCUCCAGUUCGUCAACCUCACCAUGAACACUGAGCUGCGAAUCGAGUGCAAAGUGUUCGGGGAGAACAUUCAAUAUAGUGAGAAAGACCGCUAUCGAGGACGCUUUGAUAUUAAGCUCACUGUCACCAAUUUAUGACCACAUUCAAGACAACAGUGAUUCCUAUGUCUCUUACAAACCAACUAUGAAGUCAUUUAGAAUGGGAUGAGGGGAAACUUUAGAUUAGUUAAGUUAAAUCAACAACUGGGCUUGAACACAAAAAAAAUCUCAAAACAUAAGGGACCGACAACGUAAUAUGUCUGCUUUAAACACUAGCUAUUUGGCUUCUGUCUAGCAUUAGAAUGUAAUUUACAGGAAGACUAGCAAUAGUGUAAAAUAUUUAUUCUACUGUAAAUGAGAAUAUUCCUUGAGCCAUGGGACAUUGUUCAUUUAUGAUUGUAAAUUGUAAUUCCACAACUAAUGUGUAGCGCGCAAUGUUAUUGUCCCCUCCAUUUUGCUGCCUUGUGUGGUUUCAAAAUAUAUUUUUGGAGUGUACAGUGCAGUAGUCGCAUACAUUGGUUCUUUCCAAGCCAUGGUGUAACCUGUUUUCUUAUGUGAGCAAGCUUUAGCAGUCCAAUGUGUGUGUGUGUGUGUAAAUAUACGUAUAUAUAAAUGUAUACUUGAUUUAAAAAUAUAUAUAUAUAUAUAUAAAUAAUGACACGGCAAACUCAUCUCUUCUGACCCGUGUGAGAAAUAGGCUGCACUCCAUGGAACUGUACUUCCUUCUUACAUAGUCUUUUUCAUUUGAUUGUGGGAAAGUAUUUUUACGUAUGUUUUUCUUUUAAAAUCACUUAAUGUGGGUUAUGGGUUUUAUGAAAAUGUUUUUUCUUUUUUUUCUUUCAUAAUUGUUGUGUACUACCAAUUUGUGUCCCAGUCUGUUCAAUACCUAACCUUUGGGUGAAGGCAUCAUCUCUGUUUAUACAUUCAGAUGUUAUGUUUUGCUGGAGGUCUCACUGCAAUGUGAUAGAUCUUUUCGAUGAAUGUCUUAGCCAUGGUGGACAAACUUAACAUUUAUGCAGUUGUACAUUUUUUUUCAUUGUGGAAAAGUGUUAUGUAUAAAUACAAAACCAAAGUCAUUGGUCCAAGUUAAAGGGCAUCUUGUCAGAGGCAAUACAGAACUGCUAUUUGGAUCUGUCAUCGAUGUGAAGUGCUAAAAUCAAUGUCUAAACAACAGUCAGGAGUCCAAUCACAAUUGUCAUUUAUUCAAUCAGAGAAGCAAACUGAAAUAAAAAUGAAGAAAACGUC